AUGUCAAGACGAUUCAGUCCGAUACUGUUAGACCAAAGUGAAGCCAGUCCGAUACUGUUAGACCAAAGUGAAGCCAGUCCGAUACUGUUAGACCAAAGUGAAGCCAGUCCGACACUGUUAGACCAAAGUGAAGCCAGUCCGAUACUGUUAGACCAAAGUGAAGCCAGUCCGAUACUGUUAGACCAAAGUGAAGCCAGUCCGACACUGUUAGACCAAAGUGAAGCCAGUCCGAUACUGUUAGACCAAAGUGAAGCCAUUCCGAUACUGUUAGACCAAAGUGAAGCCAGUCCGGUACUGUUAGACCAAAGAAAAGCCAGUCCGGUACUGUUAGACCAAAGUGAAGCCAGUCCGACACUGUUAGACCAAAGUGAAGCCAGUCCGACACUGUUAGACCAAAGUGACGCCAGUCCGACACUGUUAGACCAAAGUGAAGCCAGUCCGACACUGUUAGACCAAAGUGAAGCCAGUCCGACACUGUUAGACCAAAGUGAAGCCAGUCCGAUACUGUUAGACCAAAGUGAAGCCAGUCCGAUACUGUUAGACCAAAGUGAAGCCAGUCCGAUACUGUUAGACCAAAGUGAAGCCAGUCCGAUACUGUUAGACCAAAGUGAAGCCAGUCCGGUACUGUUAGACCAAAGAAAAGCCAGUCCGACACUGUUAGACCAAAGUGAAGCCAGUCCGACACUGUUAGACCAAAGUGAAGCCAGUCCGACACUGUUAGACCAAAGUGAAGCCAGUCCGAUACUGUUAGACCAAAGUGAAGCCAGUCCGAUACUGUUAGACCAAAGUGAAGCCAGUCCGAUACUGUUAGACCAAAGUGAAGCCAGUCCGAUACUGUUAGACCAAAGUGAAGCCAGUCCAAUACUGUUAGACCAAAGUGAAGCCAGUCCGAUACUGUGA